GUUGGGUCCAUACACGGCUCAUCACCGGCACAUCACCGGCACCCCCAGCGGGCAGCAGGUGACCCAGCGCAAAGUCUGACACUAAAUAUUUUUACGAUGUUCAAGUAUAUAGUAUAAAUAUCGGCAAUAUCACUAUAAUAUCUUUCACAUAGGCUAGACACAUCGGCUUUCAGUUUCAUCAACCAUUAAAUAUGUCUUUCUCCAUAUCGCUCGGUGCUUUGAGGCGAAUCGCCAGAACCACAACACGCACCCGACCUCUAGUGUUGACACCUGAUUACACAGCGAAAUUAAAGUAUUCAGCAUGUGUUUCAGUUCGCCCCAGGCAUGGUCUGCCGAUGAUUGCGAGGCUCUGUUCCUCAAAUAGUUUAUCGGUCCGAACCAUUAGAUCGACAUAUGCCACAGUGAAGCCAUAUGCGUGUGAGUAUCCCAAUUGCGUUUAUUCAUCUGGUCGUCGUACUGAUCUGAAGGUGCAUAUGCGUGUGCACACGGGCGAGCGUCCCUAUGCCUGUGAUUUCCCUGGGUGCGGUAGCAGCUUCGCGCAUAGAACUACGUUGGUGAAUCACAAACGCGUGUACUCGGGCGAGCGUCCCUUUGCCUGUGAUUUCCUUGGGUGUGGGAACACCUUCUCGCAAAGAACUACAUUGGCGAAUCACAUACGCAUCCACUGCCCUAUAUUUGUGAUUUCCCUGGGUGUGGUAACACCUUCGCGCAUAGAACUACGUUGGUGAAUCACAAACGCGUGCACUCGGGCGAGCGUCCCUAUGCCUGUGAUUUUCCUGGGUGUGGAAAGGAGUUCUCUCAAUGUGGUCAAUUGACAAGACACAAACGCCUGCACUCGGGCGAACGUCCCUAUGCGUGUGACUAGUUGCCAUGUUCAAACGAUCUGAUCAUUUCAUCACCGACGACGCGUGCACAAUGGCAAACACGGCUCAACCGAUUUAACAUAUCUAUAUGCACGCGACUCUAUUUAUAUACAUGCCAGACAUGCCUUGUAGCAAUGCACGAUAUAGGUGUUCAACACCGAGCCAUGAAUUCGUCCACUGAUAUACGAUUUAAGCUGUACUUCAAUUGUUUGUAUGCGAGCUUGAACACCUGCAGUCAAACUAUGGGCUGAACUGCGUGUAUUUUUCGCAAGCAUUUCGAGCUCAUUCGUCCCGGAGUAGUGUACGUGAUGUAAACUGUUAGAGAGAACCCGAUCUGCUUCUUGGCUGUAAGGUGUACCCUAAAGUGUAUAACGGGCGCCACCAAAUAAAGAUAAAUACAUGUAUU